GUGCAACCAAGUUCGUUUUUUUCUGACAAAUUCAAAGUUAUAUUUUCCUUGUUUAUACCACCGUAAAAAUACGAAACAUUGGCCGACUUGCUCGUAUUAUAUAGCAAUCGCGAAGGGUCUAACUUGAUACAUACGUUGAAGCUAGCUCUCCGAGACCUAUUUUGCUCCGUCACAAAGAUAAGUAUCAUCCAUCGGGCUUUGAAAAAUUUUAGUCAAUAUUGGAAACAGUAGAAGACAAAAGAUUCCAUGCUAUUCUUUGUUUUCGUGGCUUUACCAAUUUUGGCUCUACCUUCAAAGUUUAUCUCUGGAGGAAGAGCCUUGAAGCAGAUCGGAUUCAGCUUCGAGUCGUCCAAAGAAUUUCACCGAAGUGACAAGAAAAUCUCUGAUGUCUCCAACCAAGAAAUAUAUGAGCCAUUCAUCGCUACACAAGAAUAUGAUAUCCUUGUUGAGGAUACUGAAUUUGAUUCGUGGCUAGCUGAGCAUGCCAAUCGGUCUCUUUUCUUUAUGCUUGAAAAUAUCGGAGGGAUUCUGACAAUACUAAAUGCGAGUGAGGUUUCCGAAGGACUAGUGGUCGCUUCUCAGCUGCGAAGAAAUCCAAAUUACCUCUUCAAUUGGAUUAGGGACUCCGCAUUGACAAUUCGAUCCUUUAUCCACAUUUUAGAUGAUUCACAAGAAAAUUCUCUGAUUUCUUUCAAGCAGAUAAUUGAACUGUACAUCGAGGCCAAUUAUUACCUCCAAAGGCAACCGAAUUUGUCUGGUAAUUUCCAUGACAAGCGAAGAGCUUCAUUGGGAGAACCAAAAUUCAUGCCAAAUGGUCUUCCCUUCAAUGAACCAUGGGGAAGACCCCAGUCAGAUGGACCUGCCUUGCGCAUUCUGACAAUUGCGUACUAUCUUAAGUUUCUAGAGCACCUGGGUGAACUGAUCGAUAAUCAAUUUUUGGGAAACGCAUCAAACAUCUAUCAUAAAAUAAUCAAGCCAGACUUAGAAUAUGUGAUGGAAAACUGGAAUCGGGUACUGUUCGACUUAUGGGAAGAGGUAAACUCAUUUCAUUUUUUUAAUGCUUUAGUACAGCUCAGGGGGAUCAGAGAUGGAAUAUAUCUCUCCACUGUUUUUGAAGAGUCCCCGGAUUUUUCGGAGGCUUUAGAAAAUCAGUUUAAAGAGCUUAAGGCAUUUGUGUUGAGUUAUGAUACUGGGUUCAGAACACCCAAAGUACCUUACAUUAUAGAAACACCUUCGCUUUUUCAUCUGGGCAAGAGGUCUGGUUUGGAUGCCGCCACAUUGCUUGGUUCCUUGCAUGCACAUGGCAUGGAAACAGGAGGCAAUCUAGAUGUACCAUUUGAUGUUGACGACAGUCACAUAUUAAAUACAAUUAUGGCAAUGGUGACAGAUAUGAAAUUUAGAUAUCCUGUUAAUCACAAAUAUAUCGGUAAGUCCCAACAAGGGGCCGGAUUGGGACGUUACCCCGAGGAUAUAUAUGAUGGAUAUUCCACUACCGAAGGCAAUCCAUGGUUCAUUUGCACCGCUUCCGCGUCUGAAGCUUUAUACAAGCUAGUAUACAAAGCGAUAGCAGAGAAAAGCGACAUAUUGAUUCUUGCAGAAACAAGAGAAUUUUACUCACUUUUUGUUGAUGGCCUACUUGAUGAAGAUUCUCUGGAUGAUGAAAUCCGAACAAUCGAGUAUGGAUCUGAGGAGUAUAAACACAUACUUCGAGAUAUCUUUUUGUACUCUGACACUUUUAUGAAAGUGAUAAGAGAUCAUAUAGACUCAAAUGGCCACAUGCUGGAACAAUUCAACAAGUAUACGGGCUAUAUGCAAGGAGCAGAAGAUUUGACAUGGUCAUAUUCUUCAUUCUGCAACAGCGCGAAUUGGAGGGAAAAGGCUAAGGCUAAUUUGAAGUUUCUUGACAUGAAGGACUUGAUAUCUUCGUAACUUAUUUGCUGCUGUGGGCUGUUUUUUCUAGCUUUGGAGUUAUUGCUUUUUUUAAUAUCUUGUACCUUGUCGAAACCACCACCAUUGACAAAGGGAUACAUGAAUCUGAUAUUUUUUAAUUUCUCAAAACAUCUCUACGCUACAUAUAGCAAGUAUAGGGUAUGUCGAUUGAGUCGAGUAUUUUUUCAAUUUAAAAUUUAAAAUUUGAC